AUGGUAGCGGGUUCAACUGGGCUUUUUUUGCUUCUCUUGCCAUUUAAUGUGCCCAAUGGACCGUCACUCAUCGAGCAGAACUCUUGUCUGAACGGGAACUUUUAUGGAAAUUAUCGCGAUGGAGAGGUCUUGCGCAGUGCCUCAAUUGUGGACGCAUCUUGCAUCAAUGGACUUGCUGGCCAAAGCGACUUACUCGUGAUACCAGUUAAUAAUAGGAUGGAGCAACUAGUAUGGGUCGAACAAGAGGCUGUGGACGCGUCGUUGAAGGAGUCAUCCCCUGAAACCGACGAAUUUGGGCUCUUCAUGAACCGCUUGGCAUCAUCUCCAUACUCUCGCUCGCAACAUCACCACCAGGGCAUCUUGACCAGCAUCAACCAGGAUAGCAUUGUGGUUCACAGGGGAAAUAAUGCAGCUUUACUCUCCAUCAGUCGUGAUAUGGCUUUCACAUUGGACACCGUUCUUCCUCGGUUCUGGAAAUAUACUUCUCUUCCCUCUUCCCCUGUCGACUACAUCCCAGUCCCACCUUCUGCAAUCGAGCCUGUCAAGCGUAUACUCUCCAAGUUGGAGUUCGAUCCUAUCGUGGCUCGCCUCACGAAUAGUUUAUCCAUCCCUCAAAUGAGGAAUGACGUUCGUUUCCUUACGGGUGAGGACGGCCAAUCCGGGAUAGUAUCUCGACAUUCCUUCGCCAAGGGAUCCAGGACGGCCGCAAAAUGGUUAAAGGAAAGGUUCGAAGAAACGGGUGCUACUUGCCAUUUGAAGGAUUUCCUACCUGGUUUCGCGCCAAACGUGAUAUGUCGAUAUAAGGCGACGCUAAAUACUGCCGAGACGGUAUUGUUUAGCGCACAUUACGAUAGUCGUGGAAGCUUUGGAAGCACUCGUGCUCCUGGUGGUGAUGACGAUGGCUCAGGUAUUACGGCAUUACUUGGUAUCGCUCGUGCAAUCAAGAACAAUGGAGUGAAGUUCCGCGCCAAUCUAGAACUUGUCGCAUUCGCUGGCGAGGAGCAAGGUCUCUUGGGCUCUAAGGCGUACGCAAGAGAGCUGCGGGCCGGCAACGCGAAUAUAAUCCUUAUGGUUCAAGCAGAUAUGUUGGCGUAUCAUCACCCCGAUGAACCAGCACAGUUGGGUCUUCCUAAUUUGAUCGGUACACUGGAAGUUGCGCAACUCGUCGCAAAUAUAUCAGCUUUGUAUAGCCCCGAGCUCACGGUCGGUCUGACACCGGUUUGUUGCAGUGACCAUCAGUCGUUCCACGAACAGGGCUUUCCCUCCACACAGGUCUUCGAGCGAGCGGGUCCCAUCAUAGAUCCCAUGUAUCACAACAGCAGAGACCUAAGUGACCGGAUUGGAUACGACUUGCAACAGCUCAAGUCGAUAGCCAAAGUCCAGUUUGCUACCCUUCUUCAUGCAUCAGGUUUCGAAUUACAAUAA